AUGAUUUGUUCCUGGAGUUUGAUUGCAAGCCUGAUGAUAGCUCCUAAAGAAGCAAAACAGGUGCCGGAUGGUGAGAAAUGGUUGGAGUCCAUGGGAAAAGAGAUGGCCAACAUUGACAGUAAAGGGACAUGGAGAGAAAUGGUGUUACCACCAGACCGAAAAGCCACAGGCUGGACAGAGGAUCUUGAGGCUCGACAGGCUGUCGAAGGGGCGUAUUUGAACGGUAAAGUCGAAGUUGUAAACCACUUGAUGUAUUCCAAGGGAAUGAAACCAAAGCAAGGAUGUAAUGCUUCGAAGGUGAUAAAAUUGCUUUACAGGUCAAAGCAAUCGGGAAGGACAUGA